UGUGAUUUGCAAAGCCAGAAUGUUCUGCUCCGACAGAGGGCAAUUCCCGAGGCUUGCCUAUUGUUUUCACUCCUUCUCCGACCCCGAUUUUGAUUCUUCGAGGCUUAGGCAUUUGUUUUUAAUCUCAUUUGUGUCAUUAUGAAGUUGCAAUUUCCAUGACCAGGGCGUGAAUUGGAGGUUUGUCAGAAUGUCGACAUGUCCAUGUUUGUUUGUUGUUGUGGAGUUUGUUCUUCCAUCACCAGCAUUAAUAGAAGAAUGCGGGGUCUACAGCGGAUUUAGAAUGUGUCAUUUAAGCAUGACCUUAUGAGGGCCGCAUCGAUGUAUCUUCGCCCUUUCUUAAUUGCCAGGUUCUCCUCCUCGCUUGCGUUCUUGAAGAUGGACGCAUCCGUGAUUGUUCGCAAUUCCCUGCCCACACCGUCUUCAUUGCUGGGCAGCUUCACGCCGCCUCUUACCCCUCACCAAGAAUCCCAUCGUCCCUUUCUGAUCGUUGCUCACCAAUUUCGCCGGAAGAAUUCACUGCGAAGAUUGUGUGUCUCCUCCGAGCCUCCAUUCUCACAGCUGCGUCUCAAGGUUGUGUCUGAUAAGGAAAUUGAUAAGGAUAAUUGCGCCAGUACAUCGACUCCCACAGUCUCCAACCUUGUUAGUCUAGAGAAGGAGACGACUGGCGAAGAAGCCAAAGAUGAGUCUAUUACGAUUGUGAACCCUGUUGUCUCCAGUAUGGAUGACUUGGAGCGAAAAUCCGUGGAAGCAAGCAAGGGGGAAGUUGGAACAAGCGCAAGUACGGAACAGGGAUUGAUGGAGCAAGUAUCCAAGGAGUUGAAGACCACUUCUACUCUCUCCAGCAAUGAUGUUACUUUCAAGAACAUGGAUCUAAAUUUGCAAGGCGGACAGAGGAAGAGGAAAGCAAUAGUCGCGAAGCCUCCAAAGAGGCUAUAUACAGACGAGGAGGAUUUAGGUUUUAUGCAGGAGGCGUUGAAAGAGGCUAAAAAAGCUGCGAAGCUAGGCGAAGUUCCGGUUGGUGCUGUUCUUGUGCACAAGAACAAGAUCAUUGCCCGAUUUCACAACGAAGUGGAGACAACUGGUGAUCCCACUGCUCAUGCAGAAAUGCUCUGCAUUCGCUGCGCUGCUGCUCAAUUAGGCGGCUGGCGACUGACGGACGUGACUCUAUAUGUAACACUAGAACCAUGUCCUAUGUGUGCGGGGGCCAUCUUGCAAGGUCGAGUGAGCGAGGUUGUUUGGGGUGCACGCAACUCGCUUCUUGGUGCAGACGGAAGCUGGAUCAAGCUGUUUCCUGUGUCCUCAUCUGGUGAACAAGAACCUAAAUGUAAGGACUACCUUCAUCCGUUCCACAGAACCAUCACUGUGCGGCGAGGUGUGUUGGGUGAAGAGUGUGGUGACAUUAUGCAAACAUUUUUUGCGAUGAGGAGACAGCAACCCAAGUGUAGAACAGACGAUCCUCAAAUAGGUAUAAAAUUCGGCCUCUGGCCAAGAUCUCCUACGUGGUCCCCACUAGCCUUCAAGAGACUCAACUCCUGGGUUCGUAGGUGGUUCCAAUUUUAAGUUAUUAUGGUUUUUGUUUUCGUAUCAAUUUUGAAUCGCAUUGGAAUAUGGCUAGUUUUUGUUGCAUCAAAUUGACUGAAAUGAAAAUAUACCUUCCUGUUUGACCA